UCGGCAAAGCACCGGCCAAGAGGAAAGCGACGACUUACACUUUUAAAGGACUUUUCCGAGACGCAGCAUCAUCAAAGUGUCAAUCUUAGAUGUUUCCGUCAUUUCAACGCGCCAGAAUUACAACAAUUGGAUUCAAUUGAUUAUCCCUUAAAGAUGCACCUCGCCGUCGGGGAAGCGGUGGCGAAGGCCGCGACCGUUAAACUGGCAGCGAUGGCCCUGGUAGUGUUCGCUUCUGCAACGGCCGCCCUCUGCGUCCUUCGCCUCCCCCGAGUCCCCAAGGAGCUCGGCCUCGUGGAGAAGGCCCGCGACGAGAUCGCCUCCCUGGAGAAAAGAGCGAAACGACUCGAAUACAACCUGGCCCUGGCGAGGGAAAGCGCCCGCGAGGCGUUCCUCAGGCGAGAGGCGGAAAGAAACGGAGACCUCGGGGCCCCCUUUUGGCCCGGAUGCGUUUUCUUCCCGUGCGACCCGAUCAACUCUACAGGCACUGACGUCAAGGAAAAGUCAAAAACGACUCUCUAACUUAAAAUAUAUACACAUAUGUAUAUCACUUUAAAAAAUUCCCUAAAUGAGGCAGAGUUGAGAAAAGAUGCGGCGUCCGAAUUAUACAGUACCGUCACAACACGCACGUUUGUCCCGAACCCUGUUUUAUUUCCUCCCCCGUCCAUCAUUCUUUGCAGCCCCAUGCUUUAACCCCUUCUUGCCCAAUAUGCCCCAUGGCAAAACCAAAUUUUGCAAAUUUUCUAAAAAUCCCAUGAGUGUCUGGCGGAAUGUUUUUCCUACAGUGUUUCAUCCCGUGUAUCGCCAACAAUGAUUUAUUUGGCGCCAAUGUAAAAUCUCCAUAUUGGAAUCUUCUAUCUCCAACAUGGCUCUUCACCACACCGCUGCAUCUUUUAUGAAUUAUCAUAUUUGCCAAAUAUAAACUUUCUCAUAUCGAUUUUAUAAUUUAACCCUUUCUUGCCCAAAGUUGCUUCAGAGCCAACUUUAGCAAUUUUGUUUAAGGUUAACAGGAAAUCCCCUGAAUUUAUGGCGGGCUUAGUGUUAUGCCCGUGUAUUGGCAACACUGAUUUUUUUGGCGUCAAUCCGUACUUCUAACUAUUGUAUUUAACCGAAUUUUAAUAAUAUUCGUCUUGCUCUAAGACAACAUUGGGCCAUAAAGGGUCAUGCUAAAAGACAAAUAUUUACACCAUAGAUUUAUUUUAACAUAAUAUUUUUAUAUAUUUCUGGCAUCAUCUAAACAACACACCAGCAUAUUGUUUUUUCCCAAUAACUUUCCACCAGACAAAAACUAAUCUGUUUUUACCCAUGAGCUUUUGAAAAAAUUGUAAGAUUAAACUAAUUAGGAUUGAAGAAAUCCCAAAAUAAUAUUUUUCUACCUUUAUAAUAUUUUUAUUGUCAAAGCAUCAAAUCUUUGUAAUAUCCUAUGUAUUUAGAAUUGGUUGAUAACCAAUUAUCUUCAUGUCUUUGUAUAAAACAAGACAGGAAAUAUUAACAAUCACAAUCAUUUUGAAUUGUUUUGGCUAAGCUGAUGUUAGUUUGUAAUGUAAAGGAAGAACGACAAGGGGCCCAGGAUGCAGCCAUGUGGAAAUCGCCGAUAUCAUCUGUUAGCACAUUUCCUACAUCAGUACUUAAGGUAAACUAAAAAACUUGGUCGAUAUGACUAGAAUAUUUAAUUUAUAAAAUAAUUUCUAACUGUAGGGUAAAGACAUAUUAAAGUACCAAAGGCCAAACAAUUCAACAAAAAUCCUGAUUCUAAAAAUUCACAAAUAAUUAUUGAUUAAACAGCAGUUUUCCAGCCAGCAAUUGACAAACUACAGUAUUAUAUCCUUUUGAAAUUUCAUAGGAUACUCCCGUAUUUAUUUAAUUUUUUUCAGAUUGAAACAUAUUGAUUACAAUUAAAUUUGAUUAACGAUAUUCAAGAUUUAUAAGUUAUUUCAGAAGGGAAUAAAUUUCACUUUUUUAAUUAUUUCAACAGAUAUUAACUUGUUUUAAUUAAUUGAGUUAGAUCUUCACUGUUUUCUCUAAGCGCUUUUGGAUCAAUGCUGACCCAUUAUUUGUAUUUUUUUUUUUUAAUUCAAUUACAACUAGUUUAACCUUCUGCAGUACUUUCACAAGAAAUUUCUUUUCUACAUACUAGGUAAAUUUUAAUUUUUCUUAAGCAACUGUUUUGUCCUGUGCAUGAGUCAGCUAAAUCAGGCCUUUGUAUGGUUUAUUAUUCACCUUUUACCCAUUUUCUAGAGCAAUGUCACUUUUUUCUGCCUUUGUGUGCCUUUUUCAAAACCCAUCUGCAAAUUAUUCACUAUUUUCAAGUCCAGGGCCAGGUCAUCGUAUCAAUGAAUUCUCUGACUCCGCUCUCCCUCUCGCUAAACCUACUAAACGCAUCCACCAUGCAGAUGUUAUGUCCUAAAAUCCUCAGAAAUCAACCCAAAAAAUCAAUAGUGUACAUUUCAGUGAUUUACAGUGCAAUAUUUCGCACAACCUAUUUCCCCAUCCAGUGGAAACUAUCUUCAAUGCCCCCAAUGCCAAAACCACACAAACCCCCUGUCCCAUCCAUAGACCAACAAUCCUCCUUCCUAUUUUAUCGAAAAUCUUUGAACUACUACUCUUUAAAAGACUAAUACCAUUUGGUCAACACUGAAAAUUUAACUCCUCAUCAUCAUUUUGGAUUCCAACUUCUCCAUUCCACUGUUCACUGUUCAGAAGUGCUUUAGAAUAGUUGAUACACAUCAUCAACUCUAGAAAACACGCAAUACUGCUCAGCCGUAUGUGUGGACAUUAGAGAAGCAUUUGACAGAGUGUGGUACUCCGCCCUCCUUUAUAAGUUAAAAUGUAUCCUUCCUCACACAUACUAUUUUAUCUGGAUGUCCUUCUCCCAGAUUAACUGUUUAAUGUGAGAAUCAGCACCAAUUUUUCAAUCACCACAACAAUCAAAGCUGGCGUUCCACAAGGAAGUAUCCAGGGCCCAAUUCUCUUCACCAUCUACACUCUCACAACCUACGCAACAACACUGCAAUCUUAUCAACUGGAUCAAAAAACCUGCCCGUGUGUACAUUAGCAAUAAGAUAAUAUAGCCAUCAAACCAAAUCCCGAACCAUGGGCUUUACUUAUAUAGCAGAAUUACACGUAACCCAGAUUAAAAUGACAAAAACUUAAAAAAAGAUAUGGACUACUCAGACACCUGACCAAAAUCAACACUAAGCAUACAUAACAAACUAACCACUUACAAAACACUCAUCAGACCUGUUUGGACUUACAGAGUCAAACUGUGUGGCCAAAUCAUCCAACAUCCAAUGAAUUCAAUCCAAAGUUCUCCGCCAUACCCUUAAUGCUACGUCUCCAAUCAGACGAUCCGUCAAGAUCAUAAGAUCCCAUUCUUGAAAGAUCUUAUCCACAUAUGCUUCCUCAAUUUCCACUCUAACCUAUCCCUCCUCCCUAACCACAAACCCUCUUUCUUCAAUACCUCACGCUUACAAUCCUCCACGUCAAUGGCUUCGUGAUCUUCUAUCUUGACCCUCCCAAGUAAAUAAAAGAGAGUUCCAGGACUGGUUAGUUUCUCUCCUUACUGCCACCUGUCUGAUGUCAGAUUUUCAACCAAGAUCUCACAUAAAUAGAUUAAUUAAUUGAAAGAAGUAAUUUGGUCAAUCAGACCACUAAAUUUAACGGAUUUAUAACUAUACUAUUUGCUCAAUGUAUAUUUUUUACAAAUAAAUAAAAUUAAAAUUAAUCUAUUCAGUAUGAGUUCAUUUUUCAGAAG